GAGUUCAAGAUGGCCGCCUCAGGCUCCAGGUGAGGGCGCUUCUCCUCUGUGCCCUGGUUGAUACGCUCUCUUGCUGCUGACUGAAGUUCAGUGCUGCGAACCCCUCUCUGUUUCCGUGGAGACACCAUGUCCUCCACGUCCUCCUGCUCCUCGUCGGGGGAGACCAGCCCAGAGGAUGUGCCCCGAGGCGGCGGGACCAUCCGCGUCUACCUCCCCAACAAGCAGCGCACGGUGGUGAACGUGCGACCAGGGCAGACGGUUCACGACAGCCUGGACAAAGCCCUGAAAGUACGAGGCUUGAGCCAGGAAUGCUGCGCUGUUUUCCGCCUUCUUGAAGGACGCAAGAGGCUUACAGAAUGGAACACUGACAUCACGCCCCUCGUGGGGGAGGAGCUUCUAGUCGAGGUUUUGGAUGAUGUCCCCUUAACCAUGCACAACUUUGUUCGUAAAACCUUCUUUAAGUUAGCGUACUGUGACUUCUGCCACAAGUUUCUGUUUAAUGGGUUCAGAUGUCAGACGUGCGGCUACAAGUUCCACCAACACUGUAGCAGCAAAGUCCCUACGGUCUGCGUGGACAUGGACACAAUGACCAAACGGUGUGUUUCCACGACAGAAGACUACCCCCCCAUACCUAUUUUAAUGAUGCCUGAUACUAUGUCCGUACCACCGAGUGACCUAGCCUUAACCCCGGAGCCUGGCCAAGGGCUGCUGUCCCCGUCCUCGGCCUUCCACUUUCCCUUGCCGGGGGCGGACGGUCAGUCGCUCCAGAGGCAUCGCUCCACCUCAACCCCCAACGUCCACAUGGUCAGCACCCUGGGCCCCGGCGCCGCCAGCAUCAUCGAGGAGGCAUUAAAAAUCAACAACACAAUGGGACCAGAACCCUCUCCCAAACCCUCGACCAGUCCUCCUCAGCUGGGCUCCCCGGGCCGAAGACCACCCAAAUCACCCUCGGAACACAAAGAGCGCAAGCCGUCCUCCUCCGAUGAGAAAAAGAAAGUGCACCGUGUUGGCUAUAGGGACUCCAGCUACUACUGGGAGGUGCAUUCGAAGGAGGUAACCAUGCAGAAGCGCAUCGGCGCCGGUUCCUUCGGGACAGUGUACAAAGGCAAGUGGCACGGAGACGUGGCCAUCAAGAUCCUUAAAGUGACGGAACCCACACCGGAGCAGCUGCAGGCCUUCAGGAACGAAGUGCAAGUCCUACGAAAAACGCGUCAUGUCAACAUCCUGCUGUUUAUGGGCUUCAUGACGAAGCCGCACUUCGCCAUCAUCACGCAGUGGUGUGAGGGCAGCAGUCUGUACCGCCACCUGCAUGUCACCGAGACCAAGUUUGACACCAUGCGCCGCAUUGACGUGGCCAGGCAGACCGCGCAGGGCAUGGACUACCUUCACGCAAAGAAUAUCAUUCAUCGGGACAUGAAAUCUAAUAAUAUUUUCCUGCAUGAAGGUUGGACGGUAAAGAUUGGUGACUUCGGUCUGGCCACUGUGAAGGCUCGCUGGAGCGGCUCUCAGCAGGUGGAGCAGCCCAGUGGCUCCAUUCUGUGGAUGGCGCCGGAGGUGAUCCGGAUGCAGGACCCGAACCCUUAUACCUUCCAGUCGGACGUGUACGGCUACGGGGUGGUGCUGUUUGAGCUCAUGUCCGGAACUCUGCCUUAUUCCAACAUCAACAACAGGGACCAGAUCAUUUUCAUGGUGGGUCGAGGAUACCUAUCGCCAGACCUCAGCAAGCUGUGCAAUAACUGCCCCAAAACCAUGAAGAGGCUCAUCAUGGAGUGUCUGAAAUUCAAACGGGACGAAAGGCCCCUCUUUCCCCAGAUCCUGGUGAGCAUUGAACAGGUGCAGGACCUGCUGCCCAAAAUCGAGCGCAGCGCCUCUGAGCCGUCUUUGCACCGGGCCGUUCACGCCGAGGACCUGAACCCGCUGCUCUUCCAUACCACGCGCCUCAUGCCCCUGUGAACCAGCCCCAUCCGGACCCAUCUGGACUGGCCCGGAAGCCUCCGGCAAGGCCGUCGCAUUCCCCGCCCCGGGACCCCAGCGUUUCCCUGUUCCUCCACACAUUCCUGUCAGCCCAGAGACUUCUGCAGUCACUACACACAGAGGCGUACUCGGACACGUCCCUGCCAGGCAUUGCUGAUCUCCAUCGGCGCACACCUACGUCCUCUCUGUCCACACAACUCCGGAAUUCUCCCGGUCACUCCAGAGCGGCCUCAUCGUCAAGAUCACCCAAAUCUUAAAGCUCCACGAGCGGUGACUGUUCAGUUUGUUUUUGGGUUUUUGUUUGUUCCCCCCAGGUUUAAGUUCUAUGUUUUUUUUGUUUGUUUUGUUUUUUUGUUUUUUUAGCUUCAAGCCUUUUUUCUACCUGUUUAUUUUGAGAAGUGAUAAGAUUGUGGACCCGUUUUCUACACAUGUACGAUUGUAUAUUGUGUAGAAAACCCCAAAGAUUUACAUAGGUCAUUGAAUCAUAUUCCAUUUCCUCCAUGAGCUUUAUAAUGUUCACCUUUUGCCCUCAUAGGACACUGGUGGUUCAGUAAAGAUGGAUGUAGGAAUUUUAACAAGCUCAGACUCUCUCUGCGGUCAUGUUCAGUUGGUUUGCACUUUGCUACGGGGAAUACAGGUGAACACUACGCGAUUUCUAUCCGGGUUACGAGCUCACACCCUUCUGCACUUUCUACGAAUCACUCAUGACUAAGGCUGGGUAUCAGAGAUCAACAUUUUCAUGGGACUGACCGAAUAUGGUUGGUCUUAAUGUUGGUGAGCCAAGAGGCAUUUGUUCGUAGUGAUUGGACGUCUAAAGGUGCAUUCACACCUACUUAGUUUUGCGCAGACAAAUCAGACUUUUUCUUUUUUCAUUUUGCCAGGUGUGAACACACCACCUGUGCUCGGCCCACCAAAAGUCAUGGGUCUCUGCCUGUUUUAACGUCUGACUCUUUUUAUAGAUUCUUAUAUCAAUCAUUCAGCCCAAGCUGAUGUUAAUAACAGCAGACAAGCAAUAAAAUAAUAGCGUAGAUAUGCUUCUGGUUUUGGCACAUGGAAUUUAUUUUUGACGCAUCAGCGAUCGUUCAGUUAUGAAGAUGAAGAGUUUAAAAAUAAGGCUUUUUUAUUGCUUUGUGAUUUACAUAUGUUAAGAAUGUCUAUGUUCAUACAAAAUAGGAACAGGAUAAUAGAUUUAUAUCAAGAAUAUAUGUGAGAGAUCUAGAUUUUAUACUAUAAUAGCCUAUUGGAUGUUAAAAAUUGCUAUUUUUGUGACUCUAAUGUGAAAGUAGCAGCACUUUUUAUCCUCAACAAAUUCCUGACCAGCCAAUGAACACUCAUGAAUAUAAUUUGGUGAACUUCAGCUGCUGCAAUGGGGAAAAAAUGAACCAAAUGGAAAAAGUCACAACGUCACAAAUCCAGAGUCUGGUUCAGACUUCAGAAAAUGAAAACAGCCUAAACUGUACUGAAAACAUUCGAUUGCAGUGCUGCAAAUCCAUUGCAAUAUAUGACUUUUUAAUUCUGCUACCUUAAAUGCACUGCAACCUUACAUCAGUGCACCCUUAAAUGCAGUACCACCUUAAAUUCUCUGCCACCUUAAAUUCAUUUCUAUGUUAAAUUCACUGCUAAAUUAAAGUAAUGGUUGUACUUAAACUGAGGGAUUGAGAAAGGUAUAGAGUUUUUGAAUGAUACCCAGCCCUACUCAUGACCUGCCACAGACAGACAAAAUAGACCUACCUUAUGUGGCACAGGCAUUUUAAGAAAAGUGAGAACUGCACUUUGCAACAUUAGAUUCAAACUAGUACUGUAACUAGCGACUAUUUCUAAAAAUCAGCUAAUUUACUGACUGUUAUACAAUGAAUCGACUAAUCGAACUGGGCUUUCGCGGCUUCCUCUGCCUUCAUCUGUCAUGGCACCUGGUGCAGUGAAACAUUAGCAGUACUUCACUUUCUAGUGUGGUUUAAACAGAUUGACAGUGUGUUACUAGCACAUUUUACGGUGCUUUUGUUUCUACGCAUACUACACCUUUUUGCAUGCAUUUACAUAACGCUGUCGAGACCCUGACGUGCACACCCACUCAAAGGCCUGAUGGCUCCGCAGCUUCAGUGCUGGUUUUGAGAGACACUUUGAUAGUUUCUCUGGUGAUCAGCCAAAGUUUAAAAGAAAAAAGCUCAAUCAGAUUAAGGAAAAGCACAUUUGACUCUAGCAAUAAACAAGAAACAUACAUCAAAUUUGACAUUGUUGCUGUUUGUCUUUGCAGUGUUGCUGCAAGAUCAUGCAUGGCACAUUACAGUCUGCUGCUGAUCACUCAAGGCCUCAAAAUAGCGAAAUCAAAGUCGCAGUCCAUGGCAGAUGAAUACAUUUAGUGCCUGUAGACUUCACAGUUGCUGCUGGGCAUUUAUGUAGUGUUGGUCAUCAUGCUGCCUUUACUUAAAAGCAUUCUAGCUGCAGAUACGAUGUGGUUAGCGAAAGGUCAAGAUUUGGAUGUUUUACUCAUCCAGUUACAGAUUUGUGCAGAGGCUGUCUUUAUGAACUUCUUGGUUUGACUGCGUUCCUCAGAGGAGAAAGGCUCUUUGAAAGCCUGUUACUGUCGUGGUGAGUCAUGGCGAUUGUGUCCAGCUGAAUUUCUUUUCCUCUUCGUCAUGACUUAACAGUUUCUGCUGCGUAUUAACGGCACAUUUUCUCUCAGUCUGUGCUGUGAAGUCGUGUGGUGCGUUGCAGAUGGCUGUGAUGAAUAAUUAUGUGCAGACUAGUUUGUGUUUUUGUGUCUGCUGGGGUGUUUUUAACCCUUAGAAGUCACUGUUAUUACUGUUUUAUUCUAAUCUUAUAUGAAUUUUCACUCGUAGCUCUAACACAAUUGGAGAGAUUGUGGAAAGUAUAGAUUCUAAACUUUCAGGCUGUGAUUUUAAGAAGCAGGGGAGAUACUUAAUUAUAGCUUGAGUUGCAAAAGGAAAAUACAUUCACAUUUUGGUCAUGAAACAAGUCAAACAGGCCGAAUUGAACCUAAUUCAUUGUGGAGCUCAAAGUAGUUAAUGUCAUUAUUCGAUGUGAUUUAAAGUGUUAAUCAAAAAAUAAGAUUAACAGACAAAUGCUAAACGUCUGUUUUUGCCUUGGCCUAGUCACAUUGUGUCUUCUGCCUUGAAAUC